CGAGUUUCCUUUUGUCUUCUUCUUUACAUGUUUUUUCUUUUUUGAUAAUCAAGUCAUGAGUUUGGAAAUUUCGGAUCCUGGCCUCGGCUUGUGUUGAUUUAUGUGUGAAUUUGGACACCUUCAUCGAGAGAGAGAGAGAGAGAGAGAGAGAGAGAGAGAGAGAGAGAGAGAGAGAGAGAGAGAGAGAGAGAGAGAGAGAGAGCUGAGUUGGUCUUCUUCUCAUUCUCCUUCUUUUCCUUCUCGCCGUCUUCUUCUUAGAACUGGUGAGUGAUUGUUGUGCAUAAGGGAGGGAGGACGUCUGAGCAAAAUGGGAGAAGAGGAUGGAAGAAGGCUCCCAGCCCGCUCUACUCGAGGCAAGCGCUUGACGAAGGUCGUCGUAGAAGAGGAGCUACAAGCUGAUGAGGCAUUUUGGAACCAGGAUGCAUUCCAGGAUGAUGACGUGGAUGAUGGGUAUAAGACCGAGGAGGAGGUCGUGGACGAGUUUGACAGCGACUUUGAUGCCAGUGAGCCUGACGGGGAUGAUGACGAUGGUGCGGAAGCGGAGGAGGAUUCGAAGAGGAGAAAGGAGAACAAGACCAAGCUCAAAGUCAAUGUCCUCCGCAAACCAGCAGCAGGGAAGAAGAAAAAAGACGUGCUCCUCAAGAGGAAAGGUGUAGCAGCAAAGUUGGAAAGCGGGCAAAAGAUGAAACACGCCCGGACGUGUGCAGCGGGAGAAGCUCUGGCAGCGGCAGUGGAUGCUGUGGCCUGCGAGAGUGGUGACAAAGAUGUGUCAGGGGAGACGGGAGACGAAGACCUGGUCGAUUGUCAGCUGGUGCCGAAGGGGAAAAGUGAUGCGAAGGAUAACAAACCCGAGACGGGAGAUGGGAUGGGAGGAGUGGGUGCCAGUGAGGAGAAGGCGACUCGGAAGUCGACAAGGACGGCAGUGGUAGUUAAAGCGGCGGAGAGGGAGCGCGAGCGCGCUCGAGCGAAGGUGACGGCCCCUGCGCGGAAGCGCAAGGAGGCUGCCACCGAUGACAGGAAACUGACGCAGGAGGAGAUGCUCCAUGAAGCAGCACAAACAGAGAUUAUGAACUUGCAGUCAUUGGAGAUCAUGCUUGCUCGGGAGGAGGAGGUGAAGAAGAAGGCGAUCAUCCAGAAAGAGACGUAUACCGGUCCUUUGAUCCGUUUCUAUUCUCGUGGAGGAAUAAAUGUCCUGGAGUUUACCAAGGUGCACUCGCUUCCGGCCGAAAUCCAGUCAAAAGCGCCUCCGUAUCCCCGCCGCUCGGUUUGCAUAAUAACAGGGCUUCCUGCGAAGUACAAGGACCCGAAGACUGGUCUACCUUACGCAACGAAGGAGGCAUUUCAACUCAUCAGGGAAAGAGGCGGUCAAGGAGGCCUUACUCUGGCAAACGACCGGGCGGUAUCAGGGUCCGGAGCAGCAGGCGCUGAAGGGAGGCGGCAAGGUGAAGGCUCGAGGGAAAUGCCGACUCCGAAGCGUCGUGUGAAAAGUGAUCGAGGAGGCGACAAGCCGUCGAGUGGUAAGACAAAGCAAUCGAAGGGUAAACAACCGCACGUCAAGUCGGGUACACCUGGAGGCGACAGGAGUGGUCUGUCACCACAGUCGGCGCAUCCCCUGUCAAGCCCAAUCCAUCCUGUACACUUGGACUUCAGGUGUUCGCCUCCUGCGAAUGUAGCUUCCUCUCAAGUGUCAUCUCGGGAAGCCGAUGCUGGUCCCAUGGAGGCAACGGAACCAGCACCAGGACCAAAGGCUGGUGCCGAAGGGGCAGCAGGAGUACCAGGGCCAGACUCCCAGACUGUGGAGGGUGAGCAGGCAUCGGUACGAAGGGUGCAGGGUUCAUGUACUAGAAGACCAUCUCUCGAUAACCGCCCCAUGCAGAGAAGCGAAUUGACCGCAGACGGCGAUGUGGACUACGGUUCUGAUCGCCCACUGUUUCACUUAUCGACUCCGGCCGCGGCCAUUGCUGCCCCAGGAGCUCAUAUGUUCCAAAGUGGAGAGGGGCCGCUGCGUCAUGCGAAUGCGCAAGGGGAAGGGGCUAGGUACUGGAUAGACUCUUCGUCUCUAAUGACGACUUUCCCUGUCGAAGAUGGUGGGGAGGGCUGUGCUUUUUUUGACAGUGGUAUGAAUGCCGGUCGAAGUGCAGGAUCGGGUGAGCACAAUGCUCUUGAUGGAACAUGGUCCGAUUCGCAGAUGAUCACCUGAGCGAUUGAGAAGGUAUUUCUUCUGUUUUCCUUCCUCCCUUCCUCUCCUUUUUUUUUUUUUCCGCUCUUUGCCGAGUUCUGUUAUUUACGGUUCUGAGUGUUGACGAUUCCCAGUGGCUGGUCGUUGUCAGUCACUCUGUUUAUAGUGGUUCGCUGUUUAUGGGCAUCACCACACCACUCUCGAAAUGCCACACCGCUCUCGAAAUGUGCAAAAUAAGAACGAACUUCCUGCUAGAACAUGGCCAGAUGCACCUGCCACAUUUUUGUCUUUUUCACAUUUUGAGAGCGGCUCCGGUGCGGCAUUGUUGAACAUGCAAGUGAAGUGGCCUGGGGAAUCUCUGGCAGUGUGCUUCUGUUGUGUCGUAUAUCGCCUGGGAGAGCAGCUCCCCGGGAAGCUUUUUUUUUUUUGUUCUUUUUCGAAGAGGGCGACGGCCUUGAGAUAUCAUCAUUGAACUGACAGGUCCUGGGUACCCCCGGGUACAUUCGGAGCUAUUUUACGUACCUUAUCCUCCAUCUGGAUUCCAACUCAGGUCUGUUUAUCAGCACAGUUGAUGGGUGUACAAUUCAGCCACAUGG